GCACUUGAGAGAGAGAAGAACCAAAAAGAGGAAAUCGGAAGAGAAAAAGAAAGAAAUAAACAGCAAGAACAGAAACUAGAGGAGAUCAGACAAAAUGUCGUAGUAACUGAAGGGGAAGAACAAACUGUUUCUCUGAACCAGCUUAUAAGUUAUCUUGCUCACAUUGAAAUGAGGCUUGACCAGCAUGGUUUGCGACUUGAUGAGCUUACCGCAGGCCUACGGACUGUCACGAAUCUGGUCAAAGGAAAGAACAAAGUGGUUGAGCAGGAGAAAGAAGAGAAACCCAAGAAACUGAUGGGAGACGCCAUGAAGUCUCUCAAAGUUAAUACUAACAAGAAAGAACAACAACAAAGGGGACCUUCUGAUCCGCCGAGUCCGCCGCCGGAAGGAUCCCCGAAAGGAAAGAAAGAGGGCCCUACACAACCUGAGAAACCGAAGAAGAAGGAUAAAGUUAAAAUGAAAUUGCCUUUCACAUUUUGUAACAAGAAAGAUGAAAAUCUGCUAUUGUGGAUAGCCGAGAUUCAGACAUAUUGUGGCACGGCCCCUGUCGAGCCCGAGUCCCAGGUAGCCUUCUCUACUUCUUGUCUCGGGGGGGAGGCUAAGGAAUGGGUUUUGGCCGAAGCCAAUGCAGCUGGGUUCGAUGAUAUUGGGGAAUGGGCUGGGACACUGAAUCUGAAACAGUUCCUAGGGAAGAUCAAGGAAUGUUUCCUUGACAAGACGACGACUGACAAAGCCUUCGACCAGCUCACGACCAUUGGACAAAAAUAUUGGACCUCGGUGGAAGCUUUGUCCAGGGAGGUUGACCGGUUGCUGCAAGUUCCAGGACUGAACUUGCAAGACAACCAGGUAUUGUACAUAUACUCCCGUGCUCAACCCGAGCCUGUGCGUAGUCAGCUCGUGGCCGAGUCAAAGUCAGGUAAGUAUAACUAUAGGCAAUUUUGGGAUUUGGCUCUCCAGCGAGAGCAAAUGACUUCUCAGGUAAAGAACACAUAUGCAUUUGUGGUGAAAUAUGGUGGUGGUGUAGGUGCAGGAGCAGGUAAGCGAGUACUCUGGCGCCAAAAGCAUCAGGAUCACACCCUCAUCGUCUUUGGCGACGAUACUGUGGUGAAGUGGCCAUUGGAGGCCGAGGGUGUGGCAAGCGGCAGUGAUUCCAGAAAGGGGGACGUCAGGAGGACCACGACCAGGAGUAAGGAGGAGACCACGCUCGUUCCCGGAUCAUCCCGAUAUUGCAGCCGGAAAGCCCUGGGAGAAGAUGAAUAUUGACCAAAAGACUUGGCAAGACCGGAUGGAUAACGCGCAAUGCCUAAAAUGCGGGACUGCGGGGCAUGUAAUUGCAUGGUGCCCUUUAAUCCGGAACCAAAAAGCGAGACGCCAGUAGGAGUAGCAUCUGCUCUUACUGAGUUGAAGGGUUUAGAUGAUGAGAGAGGUAAGGCGCCUACUAACCCUUUCAACCCUUCGACUCACAUGGCAGAGGAUGGUUCUUCUCCAGCCCAUCGUCCAGAACACCCUGAACCUGUUUUAUGUUCUGUCUCUCUGGACGACUCCCUUGACGAGCUUGGUAACGAGUUGCUAGCAUUACGAAGCUCGUGGGCUAAGAAAUCAAAGUCUAAGGGUGAA